ACUUGAUUACAAGUCUGACCGAGGAUUUUAAUCAUCCCGGAGCCACACUGAAAACAAUUCUCCCUGAAAUCCUCUCUCAGCUGGUAGUCACUAACUUUGGGCAUGUUAGCUUCUGCAUCCACUGACAGUGGUCCUUUUUGAGAUGGCAUCUGUGACUCAGCGAUUCAGAAUCUAAUGAAGUUGGUGACCCUGUGACAAUGUGGAGAGAUCAUGUCAGAAAACGCAGUUUGUCCUGGGGCUGUCAGUGCUGUGAAGGAAGUUUGGGAAGAAAGAAUAAAGAAACACAAUGAAGACCUGAAGCGAGAGAAGGAAUUUCAACAGAAGCUAGUGCAGAUCUGGGAAGAACGAGUACGCUUAAGCAAGCUAAAAGAAAAGGUCAUCAGGGAAAAUGGAAGAGUCAUUUUGAAGAUAGAGAAAGAGGAAUGGAAGACCCUCCCUUCUUCUCUACUGAAAUUGAAUCAGCUACAGGAAUGGCAACUUCAUAGAACUGGUUUAUUGAAAAUUCCUGAAUUCAUUGGAAGAUUCCAGAACCUCAUUGUAUUAGAUUUAUCUCGAAACACAAUUUCAGAGAUACCUCGAGGAAUUGGACUUCUCACUAAACUUAAAGAGCUGAUUCUUAGUUACAACAAAAUCAAGACUGUCCCCAGGGAAAUAAGUCAUUGUGCCAGCUUGGAGAAACUAGAACUUGCUGUAAACAGAGACAUCUGUGAUCUUCCACAAGAGCUCAGCAAUUUGUUAAAGCUUACGCACCUUGAUUUGAGUAUGAACAACUUUACUACAAUCCCUCUGGCUGUGUUGAACAUGCCUGCUCUUGAAUGGCUCGACAUGGGGAGCAACAGACUUGCACAACUUCCUGAUACCAUAGAAAGAAUGCAGAGUCUACAUACAUUAUGGCUGCAACGGAAUAAAAUAACAUGCUUGCCAAAAAUAAUCAGCAAUAUGAAAAAUCUGGGUACUCUUGUACUCAGCAACAAUAAACUGCAAGAUAUUCCAGUGUGCAUGGAAGAGAUGACCAAUCUGAGGUUUGUCAACUUCAGAGACAAUCCAUUGAAACUGGAAGUAACACUUCCUCCCAGUGAAAGCAUAGAUGAAGAAGAGGAACGGGAAUUAUUUGGCCUUCAGUUUAUGCAUGCAUAUAUACAGGAGUCCCAGAGAAGAGCAGAUAACCAAGUCAACUGUUCAACUACUUUACCAAUCUCUAUAAAUACUGAUGGAUAAUAUAACUCAAGAUGCCCUGCUGAAGAGAAUUACUUUGAGAAUUUGGUGAAUUUGCUAACAUUUGGACUUCUAAGUAAAAAACAAAGCUAUAACCGAAGUUCAAUGAGGCCACAACAUUUUUUAAAGUUCAUAUCUCUGCUACAUAAAGUAUAUUUUAUGAAUAUAAAAAUACAAUUAAAAAAAAUUUUUUUUGGUGGAAGACAGAUGUUCACAAUUUCUUUUCCAUUAAGCAGUUGUUUCUGGUGAUGAAGAAUGAUUUGGUAAAGCAGUUAACAAUACAUUUUCCAAAGAUACCAGAGGAUCUGUAUAAUACUGUAAAGCAGGACUGAAUCCUUUCUGCUGUAAAUACUCGACUCGGCCUUGGUCAAUCAGCAAUUUACAAAGAUGCCCUAUUUUCUUCUUUUCUUCAACAGUAAGGAACCUAAACCGAAUAAUCACAAAACGUCGUUAAAAUUUGUAAAAGUUUACAAAAAAUUAUUUUAGUCACUUCUAUUUAUUGAUAAGUUCCUAACUAACCUGCAAUAUACUAGGUGCUAUGUCCCAUGCUUCCAAGAUAUGUUUUAUUUUUGCCACAAUAAAAGUGUAUUUCAAUGUA